GGGAGGGUAGAGGAGGCAUUGCCCCCUCCCUGGUGUUUCCUCGGGGAGAGAUGUAGCCGCCGGGAAGCAAGCAAGCAAGCAAGCAAGCGCGGGAGAGCCGGGGCGCCCUCCUCCCUCCUCCUCCUCCUCCUCCUCCUCUCCUCCUCCUGCGCCUCUGUCCCGCUCCAGCUGUGAGGCUCCUGCAGGCAGAGKCAGACGGAGAUGGACUCGGAGGGUUGCCCUCACCCUUCUCUGGAAAUCAAAGGCCACAUUGAGUCAAGGACAGUGCAUGAAACAUGUGAAUUGCAGUGUGUUGAUCCUGUGCAAUGUACUCUUCAAGCUGGAAGAAAGCCUAAAACUAAAUCGCAUCUGGCCAAGAAAAACCCUCUGUCAAAACCCCAAGUACCUCCUAAGCCUGUUCAUCUCCAGCCUGCUUUACAGGAGAAGAUUCCUCCGGCACCAUCUAGGCCUUUGCCAGCAAAUCCCAAGUCCUCAAGAAAUUUAGUGCCUGAAGAAGAAAUAACACAGACCUCAGGAGACAUUAACAGACUCAUUGAAAAGUUUGAAAGCAUUAGACAGCCUACCCAUGUUGUUCAAAGAAACCAGUAUAAUUUAGCUUUUAAGAUGGAACCUGGAGUGGACCCUUCUAGAAACUCUGGAAGCUGCCCAAAUGCCUCUGAUGUGGAAACUUCCAGUGCUGCUUCUACGAGUGAAAGUAAAGAACGAGAUGAGAAUGAGUCUGGCAUCUUGUGCAGCACAGAGAUGUCUAAUACCGACAUAAUGAAAAUUAAAGAACUAAAUAUAGAUGAUACCACAAGCACUGAAGACUGUACUGAUGGGAGUGUCAGCAAAGUGCCUAUGGAAGAACUAGCCCAUAAGGACUCUUUAGCUGAGCUGAAUGGAAAUGGCAAAAUUCCCAAUAGGGACAGUGGGAUUGACAGCCCUUCUUGCAGUGUGGCGGGAGAGACAUUCCUGAAUGAAGAUGGUGCAGAGCAGAGAAAAGCCACUGUGACCGGGAGCCCAGCAGCAGAAAUGGAAAGUGACAAAAAGGGCAUCAGGGUUUCUGGAGGGGGGCAGAAGAGGGACUCUGCUCAGGAUGAAGACAGUGACAUCGAUGAAGGAAGCAGUGAAGAGCAAGAAACAGCAGAAGUAUCAAAGCUGGAAUGUGUAGACAUUAAUAAGUGUUCGGAGCCACAAAAGCUGUUUAACAUUGCAAAUGAACUUCUCCAUACGGAAGAAGCAUAUGUGAAAAGGCUUCAUCUGCUAGAUCAGGUUUUUUGCACUAAAUUGUAUGAAGCAGGGAUUCCACCUGAUGUGGUAACAGGGAUCUUUUCAAAUAUUUCUUCCAUCUAUCGUUUCCAUGAACAGUUUCUCCUACCUGAGCUCAAAACAAGAAUUACUGAUGAGUGGAAUACAAAUCCAAGGCUAGGAGAUAUCUUUCAAAAACUUGCUCCAUUUCUGAAGAUGUAUGGAGAAUAUGUAAAGAAUUUUGACAGAGCAAUGGACAUGGUUAACACGUGGAUGCAGAGAUCAUCUCCUUUUAAAGACGUCAUUCAAAACAUACAGAAACAGGAUGUUUGUGGGAACCUCACAUUACAGCAUCACAUGCUGGAACCUGUACAGAGAAUUCCACGCUAUGAGCUUCUACUCAAGGAUUAUCUUAAAAAACUUCCUGGAGAGUCACUUGAUAGAAAAGAUGCUGAAAAAUCACUGGAGCUCAUUUCUACUGCAGCAAACCAUUCAAAUGCAGCCAUCCGAAAAAUGGAAAAAAUGCACAAGCUGUUAGAAGUGUAUGAGCGACUUGGAGGAGAAGAGGAUAUUGUUAAUCCAGCCAAUGAAUUGAUUAAAGAGGGGCACAUUCAGAAAUUGUCAGCAAAAAAUGGUACCGCUCAGGACAGGUAUCUGUUUCUGUUUAACAGCAUGGUGUUGUACUGUGUGCCAAAACUGAGGCUGAUAGGCCAGAAAUUCAGUGUCCGAGAAAAGAUCGACAUUGCAGGAUUACAGGUCCAGGAAAUUGUCAAGCAAAAUGUGGCUCAUACAUUCUCAAUAACAGGAAAAAAGAGAUCCUUGGAGCUACAAGCUAGGACAGAAGAAGAGAAGAAAGAAUGGAUCCAGGUUAUUCAGGCAACGAUUGAAAAACAUAAACAGAACAGUGAAACAUUUAGGGCUUUUAACAACUCUUUUUCUCAAGAAGAUGAGCAUCUUCCAGACUCAUCAAUAGCAAGCACAAGCUCUGUGGAGUCUAUGCCAGGGACAGAUGGCAGCAGCACAUCUGGAGGGCCUGACUCCUGUAGAAAAUCUUCUAAAUUGAAGAGAGACAAGGAAAAGCAUGCUUGCAAAAGUUGUGGGGAAAGUUUUAAUUCUAUUACAAAAAGACGGCACCAUUGCAAGCAAUGUGGAAUGGUUAUCUGUGCAAAAUGCUCUGAAUUUAAAACACUUGCUGAUAACAGCCGCCAGAACCGAGUGUGCAAAGAUUGCUUUCAACUGCCAUCAGUGACGCCGUGCAUCUCAGGCAAUGAAAGUGCUGGAGAACAAAAGAAAAAGAUUGCCACUGAGAAGCAAACCAUUUUGGGAGCAGAAAACAGUAUUUUCAGCGGCUACCUCCUCUUCCAAGAGAAAGCAAAAACCUGGUGUAAAGUGUGGGUCACCAUUCCGAAGGCUGAACCUCUCAUAUUAUAUCUACAAGGAGGCAGUCAGGAUGGACGUGUCCCACGCAGCAUACCUUUACCAGGAUAUGAAGUGGAUUUCCCACAUUCUGGAGAGAAGUUCGAAUCCAAGUAUGUUUUCAAACUCUGUCAGUCUCAACAGACUUUGUAUUUCAGUGCCGAUGAUGAAGAGUUGCAAACAAAAUGGAUGGAUAUUCUCACCAAAGCAGCUAGAGGGGAGACUCAGAAUCCAAGUGAAGACUCCAGUAACUCCUAACGUCUUUUUAUGUAGUUCAAACUGUAUCUGUGAGAAAAAAGAAGUUACCUGAACAUUUUAUUCAUGGCACUUUGAAAAUCUACAUGGCUUUAUAUUUCUGUAUGUCUGUAUGGGGGUUUCAGUGAUUUUUUUUUUACUAUCUCCCAUUUAAUUGUACAUUCAUCACAUGCAGUACUGAUUGUUCAGUAUAUACUUUGUUAGAUGGAAUAUGUAGGUAUGGUUGUUAAUGGUGAUUUUGUUAAUAUUGAUGGUAAAGGAAAAAGAAAAGAAAAGAAAAGGAGAAAGCAUUAAUUUGCGCAUAGGUAAUUGGAAAACAAUCCAUUUCCUGCUCCCUUCUCCCCUGUAUUUUUGUUCAUCUCAAUGGCUGUUUAAGUAAAGGAUGUGUAUAGUCUGUGAAUUACGGAAGUGCUGCCUUUAAGUUAAAUGUUGUACAAGGCUUGUGGCUGGCCACUGACAUGCUAUUUUCUGUCUUAUCUUCUAAGGUUUUUUUCCAAGAAAACAAUGGUCUCCUCUGAGCUAUAUGAGCAAUGCAAUGGGAUUUGUUUCAGUAAUACUGUUCUUUCUUAAAAUGAUUUUUUUCACUAGAAGAAAUACUAUACAUUUCUAAAGUCUUCUGGAAACCAUUGCAGAAGAAAUUUUGAAACUUCAAAUAUCAAGUAUUUAUAUUAUCUAUAUAAAUAUAUUUGUUUGUUUUUUUACUUUUUCCCCACACUUUUCAUAUUUCUUUCUAUGGCCUCCUUUUUUAAGGUAUUAGAACAAAUAUUUUAUACUGCAAACUGGGAUGUUACCAAUAAAUCAACAUUUCUAAUGCACCCAGCAAGGUAACUUUUCUUAUUGUUUAGAAUGAUUAACAUUUUUGGGUAAUCAAGGAUUUAUUUAUAUAAUUUGUAAAUACCAUAUAUUAAGCAUUUUUUUACAAAUCUGAUCUAACUGAGACUUAGUCUUCAGAUUAAGAUAAUUGUAUAAACCGAUUUUGUAAUUUGUUUUCUGUGCACUUGUGUUUUCAAAAGUAUUUAUGUAUACAAAUAAAAAUUCAUGCCAUUGA